GUCCAAUUCUUUGACGGUGUCAUCUAAUAUGCUGACUAGACUAACGGAAAGGCUGACGUGGCAACAUUUCGUAAAUAACAAUGCCACAUGAAUUUAACUUUAAAAUAUAAAAUAAAAUGAAUAUGAAUAUGAAAAGUCUCCCUAUCUCCCUCAUCUUCUCCUAUCCCAUUAUCCCUGUACAAUUAAUCGAGAAUCCCCCAUUCACUGCCGGCAUAAAAACUCCUCGUGAACUGAAUCCCUCUUCCUUCGACUCCUUCCCUUCGAAUUGAUUCCCAUAUCCUUCAUGCGAAGAAGAACCCCAAUCGCAGAAUCGGGUAGACGAAGAAGAACCCAAACCCAGAAACCUACAACCCAUAAUUUGGCAAUGAUGGCGGCGGACCUUCGUCAAUCGUCCCGAUCUAGGUUUGUUGUUGGCAUCGGGAGAGAAGCGAGCUCCUGAAAUAAGGUCCGCUGCCUCUCCUCCACCGAAGUACCUCUUCCCUGCAAUAAUUUUCACCAUGAGAUUCAUCGUCGUCUCGAGGAGGCUCGAUUUCAAAUCGACGCCUGCGGCUCUCUGGUUAGUGGGGUGGCGGUGGCAAUAGCAGAGCAUGAACUAGUUUCGUUGACGCAGAUGGAGGAGAAGAGUUGGAGGCGAAAUGCGAAGAAAAUCUCUUGGGGCGAAAUCUUGUGGAGGUUACGCCAGAGAUUGCUAGCGAGGCAUUCCUUGGCGGUGAAAGGGGACGGGAAGAUAGUUGAACAGAGUUGGGGAUUUCGAUGGACAGUUCUCAGUUCUGUGAAUCUUAGGGAUUCACCGACAAAAAUCAGGUUGAUCAAAAUUGGGGAUUUCGAGGUCGGCGCCGGAAUCGGCCAGGGAAGGAGUUGAAUGAGAUGAGCCAAGAUCUGGUAUAUCAUACCUUCAAAUGGUGGUGGUUUGGGCAGAGAAAAUAAGGUUAUGGGAUAUUGUAUCUCUGUUGCUCGGCGAUGGAAGGGGUUUGGGGAGAGACAGAGGAAGACGAACAGAUGGAGCGUGCGAAGAUGAAUUUUUUACUUGCGCGUGGACCAAAUGCCCGCCUCCGCGGCGACAAGACCCAGCGGGGCUGAACACGGCAGGGCUGGCGACGACGACAGUCUCGCCAUCGAUCUCCUUGCGGUGGAAGUUGCGGGUGGCGCUCGCAGGCCGCGCAUUUUAGGUUAGAUCUGUUGUCGCUGCGGUGGUGAUCUAGGGUUUGGGAGUAGGCGAGGAAAGCUGAUGAGUUGCCAUUGUUAUUCUCGCAAGAUUAGGGGGCGGGGAGCAAGGGUCAUAGAUCGGCCAUCGCCGGCCAGAUUGUCACCAUCGUUGCCGCUGGUGCCAACGCAUGAGAAUCGCUUGUCGCAUGGCGGUGGCAGUGAGGGGGCUCAAUUGGUGGACGGGAAGGAAUCAGUUCAGAAAGGGACAACCGAAAAAUCCCAAAAAAGUACCGAAGAAAAGUCGGGCCGUCGGAGAUUCUCCUCGGAAGUAGCGAAGCUGCGAAAGGAAGCGACUUUUUCCACCAUCGUCUCCGCUACACGAAACAACGGGAGCACUGAGCAGCUAGAAUCCACCGUCCGCCGCCGCCUGCCGAGGGGAUGCGGAGAGAACGAUCGUCGAUUCAGCCGCCAUCACCUUCGAUGUCCAAGAAUCCUAUGGUCGCUCGUUAGUUGACAUCCUCCGUUGUUGAGAGAAUCAUAACAAACAGGGAGUAGGUCAAACAUCGAAGAAGGCUUGCAGCAGGGAUUAGAUUGGAGGGAAAAAAAGAUUUCAAUGGGGUGCUUUCACUCCAAAACCUUCCUGUCUCCCGAUAGUAAGCAGCAGAAACCGCUUCCACUUCCAGAAGACCCGAAGCAACUCGCUACUAAUCCCGACCCACCCAUCCCCGGUGAUCAACUUGACAUCCCACUAUUCCGUGAGUUCCCUCUCAAUGAGCUUCGUGCUGCCGCCAAUGGGUUCAGCUCCGCAUUCAUCGUCUCUGAGAGCGGUGAAAAGGCUCCCAAUGUUGUGUAUCGAGGCAAGCUCAAAGACAAUCGCCUUGUUGCAAUCAAGCGCUUCUCCAACCUUUCCUGGCCAGAUCCCCAGCAGUUCCUGAGUGAAGCUUCUAUGGUUGGGAAAGUACGGCAUAAGAGAUUGGUUAACUUAAUUGGGUGUUGUGCUGAGGGUGAUGAACGUUUGCUGGUGGCUGAGUACAUGCCUAAUGAUACCCUUUCCAAGCACCUCUUCCAUUGGGAAAAACAGCCAUUGCCCUGGGAAAUGCGUGUCAGAAUUGCCUACUACAUUGCUCAAGUGCUGGAUCAUUGUGAUACUCAGGACCGCAAAAUCUACCACGAUUUGAAUGCCUAUAGAGUUCUUUUUGAUGAGGAAGGUGAUCCUCGGUUGUCUAGUUUUGGCUUCAUGAAAAAUAGCAGAGAUGGGAAGAGUUACAGCACAAACUUGGCUUAUACCCCACCUGAAUUUUUGAGGACAGGUAGGGUCAUCCCUGAAAGUGUAAUAUACAGCUUCGGAACUGUUCUGCUGGAUCUUUUGAGCGGGAAACAUAUCCCUCCAAGCCAUGCACUGGAUUUAAUCAGGGGGGAAAAUUUGCUGUUGUUAAUGGAUUCAUCCUUGGAGGGACAGUAUGCAAAUGAAGAUGCAGCUGUGUUGGUUGAACUGGCCUCUAAGUGCUUACAGUAUGAGGCUAAGGAUCGGCCUGUUGUCAAGUACCUUCUUACUGCAGUAGAACCACUCCAGAAGCAGAAAGAGGUUUCAUCUCACUCGCUGAUGGGACUAUCAAAAACUCCGGUACCACUUCCAACUUUGCUUUCACCACUGGGUAAGGCUUGUGUAAGGAUGGAUCUCUCAGCAGUGCACGAGGUCUUGCUUAAAACAGGAUAUAGAGAUGAAGAAGGAGCGGAAAAUGAGCUUUCGUUUCAAGAAUGGACCCAGCAAGUGCAAGACAUGCUGAACACUAAGAAGUUUGGUGAUAUUGCUUUCAGAGACAAGGAUUUUAAUACUGCUAUCGAUAACUACACAAAGCUGGUGUCGUUGAUGUCGGUUCCUUCAGGAACCGUGUUUGUGAGGCGAGCAUUGUCCUACUUAAUGGUAGGACAAGCAGAACUCGCGCUGAGAGAUGCAAUGCAGGCACAAGUCUGCUUGCCCGAGUGGCCAACAGCGUUUUACAUGCAAGCGCUCGCUCUGUCAAAGCUCGGAAUGGAGAGCGAUGCUCAGGACAUGCUGAACGAUGGAGCCAACUUUGAAGAGAAGAAGCAAAAUAGCUGGCGCCAUCCGAGUUAAGAUCGUGGUUUCGCUAAUCGCUACUAGAGGUCUCUGUGCAAUGUAGGCGGCAGAAGAGAUAGAAGCAUGAGCAAGGUGUAUUUCCACAUGCUUAGGAAAGAAGAGUUCAAUCGGUUCAUUAGGUCCGACCCCUUGGCAGGGUUUAGAAGUUUCUUUUUUUGGCAGUCUACCCUGGCAUAGUGUUAGCUAGCAGCUGGCAGAAGUUAUGUUGUUGUUGUUGUCAGUCGUUUGGGUUGGUUUUUCCCGACCACGAUUAAGAGUGUUGUACAAUCAAGAGAUCAGUGUUGAGUAGACAUCAAGUAAUGAGACGGCAGAGGAAGGUUCGACUGAUUAAUAUGAAAUUAGGGACUCCGUAAGGCUUUCUUAGUAUUGGAAAGACGAAAUAACCAACUAGUAUUGGAAGAAUUAUGAAUUUGAAGGACGUUGUCCAUUUGAUCCAUUUAACCUGACAAUCUACUAUUUAUGGAACCCAAUUGCAUGAAUGUGUUAGGCGGUUAGCCCGUGUUUGAAUAGGUGUAUUUCAAAUUUAUU